UUCAACUAACGGUUCAUUUUGAAUCCCCAUAAUCCAUUCUGAAUAUCCAUACUGAAUCAGUCACGUCACAUCUAUCACCUUUCAUCCUUGAUCUCUCCACAUUCACACCACAAUGCCUGCUCAGCGCGUCAUCCUAGUAACCGGUGCCUCCGGUGGUAUCGGUAGAGCCUCUUCCAUCGCCUUGUCGAACGCCUUCCCUCCACCAUCUCAUCAUGAAGAGCUUGUCCUAGUUCUGGUGGGGCGUAGGCACGCAGAACUCGAAGUGACAGCCAAACAGGUCAGAGAAGGUACGACAACGGAGAUUGCGGUUGGUGAUGCGAGUAACGAAGAGGACGUCAAGAGGAUUCUCGAGACAGUCAGUGAGAAGUAUGGGAGACUCGACCUCUUAUUCAACAACGCGGGCAUCAACGAGAAAUCUGACGGGGGCUUCGAAGAUCAAGACAUGGAAGUCUUCAGGAAGGUGCUGGAUAUCAACAUCAUGUCUGCAGUCCUCUUUACAAAAUACGCUUUCCAUGUCAUGAAGGCCCAAGAGCCGCAAGGAGGACGCAUCAUCAAUAAUGGAAGCAUCUCAGCCUCCUCUCCCCGACCAAACAACACUGCCUACACUCUCUCGAAACACGCCAUCCACGGUCUCACCCGCUCAACAUCUCUCGACGGACGCAAGUACCACAUCACUUGUACUGAGCUUGACAUCGGUAAUGCUGCCACCUCUCUUGGGUCGCAUGUGACGGCGGGGUCUCUUCAGGCCGAUGGCAGCAAGAAAGUCGAGCCCACAAUGCAUGUUGACAACGUGGCCAACACGGUCGCUUUCAUCGCUGGACUGCCCCGAGAGGCUGAUAUCCUGAGCCUUGAGAUCAUGUAAGACUCCUAAGCUCACAAGGCGAAAUGAGUCAGCUGACAAUGAACCCAGUGCUUCCGGUAUGCCCUACGUUGGGCGAGGAUAGCUGGUGAAGCGCAUACCUGGGUUUCAUUUAUCUGUUCGCGGUAUCAGGGAUUGAAUCCUUCGAAGUCAUUCUUAUUCGUAAAGUACUGGCUCUAUCCUCUAUGUAUACUAUCCAUACACUCCCUG